UCUGCCCAGUCACAUCCCAGCAGGCCUUCCGCGCUGCCUUGUCGGCUGGGCAGUCCUGUUCUCUAGCCUGAGUCCUGAGAGGAGGUCCAGGUGCCGAGAGAGAGAGGAGUGCGCGGAGACCCCUCGUGCAGUCAUGGUGCGCAACGUGGACGACCUGGACUUCCACCUGCCCUCGCACGCCCAGGACAUGCUGGACGGGCUGCAGCGGCUGCGCUUCCAGCCCAAGCUGGCCGACGUCACGCUGCUGGUGGGCGGCCGGGAGCUGCCCUGCCACCGGGGCCUCCUGGCGCUGAGCAGCCCCUACUUCCACGCCAUGUUCGCCGGCGACUUUGCCGAGAGCUUCUCGGCGCGCGUGGAGCUGCGGGACGUGGAGCCCGCCGUGGUGGCGCAGCUGGUGGACUUCGUGUACACGGGCCGGCUGACCAUCACCCAGGCCAACGUGGAGGCGCUGACCCGCACGGCCGCGCGCCUGCACUUCCCCGCCGUGCAGAAGGUCUGUGGCCGCUACCUGCAGCAGCAGCUGGACGCCACCAACUGCCUGGGCAUCUGCGAGUUCGGGGAGCAGCAGGGGCUGCUGGGCGUGGCUGCCAAGGCCUGGGCCUUCCUGCGGGAGAACUUUGAGGCCGUGGCUCGCGAGGAUGAGUUCCUGCAGCUGUCCCAGGAGCGCCUGGCCACUUGUCUGGCCAGCGACCUGCUGCAGGUACAGCCGGAGCAAAGCCGGCUGGAGGCCCUGCUGCGCUGGGUGCGCCAUGACUCCCAGGCCCGGGCAGCCCACCUGCCGGAGCUGCUGGGCCUGGUGCACUUGGACGCCGUGCCCAGACCCCACGUGCAGCAGCUGCUGGCCACAGAGCCGCUGAUCCGGGAGUCAGAGGCCUGUCGGGAGGCCUUGUCCCAGGGCCACGAGGCGGCGCUGCUGGCCCUCCCGCAGAAGCUGGAGGAGGUUCUGGUGGUGGUGGGCGGGCGGGCGCUGGAGGAGGAGGAGGGCGCCGAGGAGCUGGCCCCCCAGCCCGGGAACUUCGCCUUCUACGACACCAAGGCCCAGAGGUGGAUGGCGCUCCCCGACUUCCCCGACUACCACAAGUGGGGCUUCUCCCUGGCGGCCCUGAACAACGACGUCUAUGUGACAGGGGGCUCUCGGGGCACCAAGACGGACACCUGGUCCACGACGCAGGCCUGGUGCUUCCCGCUGAAGGAGGCGGCCUGGAGGCCCGUGGCGCCCAUGCGGAAGGCCCGCACGAACCACGCCAGCGCCGCGCUCAACGGGGAGAUCUAUGCCAUCGGCGGUACCACGCUGGACGUGGUGGAGGUGGAGAGCUACGACCCCUACACGGACACCUGGACGCCCGUCAGCCCGGCCCUCAAGUACGUCAGCAACUUCUCGGCGGCCGGCUGCGGGGGCCGCCUCUACCUGGUGGGCUCCAGCGCCUGCAAGUACAACGCGCUGGCUCUGCAGUGCUACAACCCCGUCGCAGACGCGUGGAGCGUGAUCGCCUCCCCCUUCCUCCCCAAGUACCUGUCCUCGCCGCGCUGCGCGGCCCUGCAGGGGGCGCUCUACCUCGUGGGAGACAACACCAAGAAAGUCUACGUGUACGACCCCGGGGCCAACCUGUGGCAGAAGGUGCAGGCCCUGCACAGCCUGCAUGAGAACGGCGCGCUGGUGCCGCUGGGCGAUGCGCUGUACGUGACGGGGGGCCGCUGGCAGGGCAUGGACGGCGACUACCACGUGGAGAUGGAGGCCUACGACCCCGGGCGCGACGCUUGGAUCCGCCACGGCGCCCUGCCCCGCCUCUGGCUGUACCACGGGGCCUCGGCCGUCUUCCUGGACGUUUCCAAGUGGACUCAGCCCUUCGGGCCUGCCCAGGAGCCCUAAGCUGCUCCUCGGCGCACCUGGAGCCAGCCCAGCCCAGCCCCCACCCGGGGACGGUCCCCUUUCACUUUGGAUUGUUUAUUGGCUCAAGGUCACUGUCCCCUCUAGGUCUCGGCCUGGGCGCAGCUGGCCGUGGUCUCUGCCGCCGGGGCCCGGCUUCUGGGUGCCUGUGUGGAGGGAGAGGCAGCCCUCCUGCCCUGGGGUGUCUGAGGCCUCGGAGGAUGGAGCCCGGGGCCGGGGAAGUGCGGCGAGAACACUCGUGCUCUCCGAACACGGAGGGCUCCUGGCAGUGUCCCAACGGAGGCGCUCAGAGGAGCCACAUAGAUGAAGGUGACACCAAGUGGCCCAGGAGGUGGAGGCUGUUGGAGAGGGUGGGUGGCACCGAGCGAAGGGCUUUGAGGGGGCUCAGCACCCGGCCCCGGUGGGGCUGCUUCUGCCUGUCCCACAGCUGUGUGACCACGGCCAGCCGCUGGCCCUCUCUGGGCCUCAGACACAUGGAGCCAGCGUGGGUGGGCUGUCUGCUCUCCCUGCCCCCAGCCUUAUGCUGGUGCCUUGUUUCCAAAGGCUGCUUCUGGGGACAAAGGAGACCCAGCUCUUUCUGUGUCAGCCACCCACCCCCCGGGGGGGGCAGCACCUUGGAGGCACAGGAAGGGAGGGGGCGAGGCCUGGGGGCCAGGAGAGAGGGUCCUUCUGCCUCCUCGGGGGCUGGGAGAGGGUCGCGAGGCUCCCUGGGAAGGCGAGCAGGCAGAGCCGGGAUUUCCCGUUUCUUGGGGGCGAUUUGCUUCCAAACAAAGCCCUUCGUCAGAAUGAAGGUUCCCAAGGGAGCCCACAGGGGCUCUUGGGCACCCUGGUGGCUUUUCCCAGGCCGCCCCUGAGUGAGGAACCAGCAGGUGGAGAGCCUGCCCGGAGCCCCCCCUCCGCCCGAGCUGGACUGGGGCCCCUCGCGGAGCUGGGGCACCUCCUUGCUCCUCACUCCCCCUGAGCAAGGGGCCAACGAAGGACUUGCCCUGGAUGCUCAGCGCCCAGCCCCGCUCUGACACGGCCUCCGUCAGGGGACACGGGGCUGCGAAUUGGGAGUUCUCGGUCCAGCCUGGCCCAGCCCCUGCGCCGAUGAGGCCUUGGGGAGCUCCCGGCUCCCUUUGGACCUGGCUUCUCUCGAGGGCCAGCCUGCGGCUCCUCUGUGAGUCCAUCAGGGACCAGAGGGGCCUCUGACAUCCCUAGUCUCAGGAAGAAGGCCCUGGGCCCUCCAGCUUCCACGGAUCCCGAUCCGCUUUGCUCCCAGCCCCGACUCCUCAUGCCCAUUUCUUAUGGCAGAACCGAGUUGGCCCCUGGGGUCCAGGCAGAGCGGGGCCCCCUGAGUGUCUCCUCCGGAAGGACCAUGAGCCCUGGAGGCGAGGACCCCUGGUCAGCCGGUGAGAACCAGGAGGAAGGUUUCCGUAGGAAAACCUCCUGAAAUGUGUUCCAGAUGCUUCUUGAAGGUGCAGUUUCCUAAUAAAGACUCAAUGUGUCAAAA